AUGUAUUUUGAACCGCUAACCUCGGUGAUAUUUUCCCUUUCGUUAAAACUACUAAUUCUUGUUGCAGAGAGCCUGUGCGGACCUCACGAGAAACGUUUGUUGAACGAGUUGCUGUCGUCGUACAACACCCUGGAGCGACCCGUUGCCAACGAGAGCGAGCCUCUUGAAGUAAGAUUUGGCAUCACGUUGCAGCAGAUCAUAGACGUGGAUGAGAAGAAUCAAAUACUAACGACGAACGCGUGGCUUAAGUUGGAAUGGAUGGACUACAACCUUCAGUGGAACGAAUCUGAGUACGGGGGUGUGAAGGACCUACGAAUUACACCGAACAGGCUUUGGAAGCCGGACAUUCUCAUGUACAACAGUGCGGAUGAGGGUUUCGACGGGACGUACCAAACAAACGUGGUGGUCGCGCAUAACGGCAGUUGCCUGUACGUUCCUCCGGGCAUCUUCAAGAGCACUUGCAAGAUAGACAUCACUUGGUUCCCCUUUGACGACCAAUACUGUGACAUGAAGUUCGGAUCCUGGACCUACGACGGCUACCAGGUCGAUCUAGUGCUCAGCUCGGAGAAAGGUGGCGACUUGUCCGACUUCAUCACGAAUGGGGAAUGGUACCUGAUUGCUCAAAAGAACACGAUAACGUAUCAAUGCUGUCCAGAGCCGUACAUCGACGUCACAUUCACCAUACAAAUCCGAAGGAGGACCCUCUACUAUUUUUUCAACCUGAUCGUGCCGUGUGUGCUGAUAUCAAGCAUGGCCCUACUUGGUUUCACACUGCCGCCAGAUUCUGGGGAGAAGCUCACUUUAGGAGUGACGAUUCUGCUGUCGCUGACAGUAUUCCUGAACCUCGUGGCAGAAAGCAUGCCGACGACCUCGGACGCUGUUCCUCUAAUAGGAGUGACCAUCUUGCUAUCGCUGACGGUGUUCCUGAACCUGGUCGCCGAGACCCUGCCCCAGGUCUCCGACGCUAUACCUCUGUUAGGGUCGUACUUCAAUUGCAUCAUGUUCAUGGUGGCGAGCAGCGUCGUUCUGACGGUGUUGGUGCUGAACUUUCAUCAUAGAUCACCGGACAGAUACGAGAUGCCGCAGUGGGUGAAAACGCUGUUUUUGCAAUGGUUGCCGUGCUUACUGCGCAUGGGUCGUCCAGGAAAGGAGAUCACAAAGAAGAAAAUUCUCAUAAGCAACCAAAGGAAGGACAAGGAAUUGCAAGAGAGGAGUAGCAAGAGUUUGAUGGCGAACGUUUUAGACAUCAACGAUCACUUUUGUCACAGGAAUAGCGCGGCAAAUCCUCCUGCCGGCUACAUGAGUAGGUCGGCGUACGGUACUCCGGUAUCAACCGGAAGACCGGCAACCGUUGCAGAUACAACGGCGUCGUUACCUCUCAGCGGCAUGCAGGAGGAACUGCACACAAUUCUUAAGGAAUUGCAAUUCAUCACAGAUCGUAUGAAAAAGGCGGACGAAAGCGACGAGAUCAUUAGUGAUUGGAAAUUCGCUGCUAUGGUAGUGGACAGGCUGUGCUUGUUCAUCUUCACGUUGUUCACGGUUUUGGCCACGAUAGUCAUAUUGUAUCGUGCGCCACACAUAAUCGUCCACUAA